AUGAGUACCCUAGGAAGACGACCACAAAAAGGAGAAAGUUCCAAGUCUGCUUACACUUCGGCCUACCACAGCUUUGGAGAAGGGCAAGAACCAUGGCAAGAAAAUCUUCGAGAGCGGAGUUCGUGGGGAGAAACAGCAGGAGAUGAUGUAUUUGAAGAUGCGACCUCAGGGAAAAAGGAGGAAGAAAAAGAAGAGCUUAGGAAAAGUCAAGUUCUUCCCGCGCAUGAGAUACUCUCCACAGAGGGUUCACCCGUUGCAACUCCCGAUCCCCCUACGGAAGUAUCUGAAUCUCCCGAAUCUGAUGGCGCAUAUAAAGAUGACAGAGCUGAGGAAAGCUGGCGCAAACGAAAGGACAUUGCCCGAGCAAUAAAAGGAAAAGGCCGAGAAAGUGAGGGGAGAGAGGAAAGAGGGGGAUCUGCAUCUUUUAGACAGCGGAAACUAACGGGGAAAUUGGCUUUCAAAACAGCAAAGCCAAGGGGGAUGUCUCCUUCUUCUUUGCAUAAAUUUACAGAUGAAAUAAAUCGGCAGGAGUUAGAGGAAAAACUUAGUCAGGGCGCUGCGCAGAAAGCUCGUCAAGGUGAGAUAGGUCUCAACGCGCCAGCCAGCACCGCUGGUAUCCCCGGUCCCACACCGGCGCCGGGAACACAGACAGGAACACGCGAAAAGAAAUUCUACGUUUAUAAAGCACCACACAAAGUAAGCUACGUUAAGCCCUGGACCUGGCGAUUUCGCCGCGCGAAACCCGCAGACGAAACAGGAAAGACAGCCGGAGAGGGACACUACUAUGCCCACAAAACGCGUCCCAAAUCCCCCUCCUGGCUAUUCUGGAAGUGGAAUUGGCAAGGUCCGAAGCCCAUAUCGUGGAUUCCCAUCUACCCGUCCUAUCACCCCGAGAACGACGAUCCGGAGCUGAAAAUCUUCAUUGCGUAUAGUUGUGGACAUCGUUUUCCUACACGCGUGAUUUCCGGUCCUACCUGGACCGCCUCGUCGCCGUCCUUUCUCUUCUCCCCCUCCUCCCCCUUCACUCCCAACACACCCACCUACCCCAGAAGUGGAAGCACAAGCGGCCACCCGCACAUCCAUCCGCUGCCCUCCUUAAAAAUCGAGACUCUGCGCGCUGCGGCUCGGAACGAAGGAAUCAAGAACAUCAUUUCCCCCGAAAACUAUUAUUAUUCUGGGCUGUCUUCACGUGGUACUUUGCGUUUGUAUGGCCUUAUACGUGGUGGGCUACGACUGAGACAGGGUAUCCAAUCCCGAGAUAUACAAUGGUUACCCAAUUCGAUAUUCGUCGUUUUCACGACGGGGACGGGUUUCAUGUACGUCAGGCCAUAG